UGGGUGGGGGGGACAGUGGCCUAAAAAUACUGUAUUCAUUAUAAACACAGGGUCCCCUUUUAUCUGUUGGAAGAAAGGGCUGCUGUUGCUUUGUGAGACCUCUUGUUUUGUUGUGUGGACCUUUUUAAGGGGUGAAAAAAUAUUUUAAAUAAAAUGUGGUUGAAGAAAGAGGAAUUGGGGAGGUAAACAGCAGGGCAGGGGUAGAGAAAGGGAAGAUCCGUGGCUCUUCGCCAUGUCGGGGUGGUGGUGGAAAAGUUUGGAGGGAUUAUGGUGUCUCGAUUACUUUGCAGGUGGGGAUGAGAAAAUAUUGCAAGCGGGGGUGGGUGGGGAGACCCCUUUUAAAUGCCUUACAGUGUGUCUUGAUUUGUGUAUUUAGUUUUUAUGUCAGCCAUCUAUAGCAGAGCGCUACUCUGGGUGGUGUAUAACGAUAAAUACACAAUUCAUAAAGGAAAAUCAUAUAAGAGCACAAAAGACAGCAAACUCUAUUCAUCGGCGUAUGCAGAUAUCUUUUCUUCCUCUUCUGUUUCAGUCAGUUGAGGAGAGAGUUGUCCCUAAAGGCUUCCUUUAAAGGCUCCAUUUUUCUGCUGCUUUUCCAAGGCGCAGGGAGGGAGGGUGUCUUGACGUGGUUCUUGUGGCAGCCCUCUCUGCCGAGAAGAUCCGGCUUCUGGUGGUUGUUUUCCAGGCUUCUUGAGGUGUUUUGAACCUGCCAGGAUAUUUUAUGAGCCUUUUACUAGCAGAGUUUCCAGCGCAGUUUAGGAAGAAGAAAAUGCAGAAAUAAGCUGCAACAACAGGCUACAUCAGAAUACGAUUGAAAGCUUGGGAAAGUCCUUUUGGGUGCUUGGUGGGGCCUGAAGGAUAAGGUUAUAAAUAAAUAUAAAUAAUUAAAUAAAUAAGGUUGCUAAUGUUCCCUUUCGGAAAGGUAAUUCCACAACUCGAAUGCUACUUGAUGGCGGAAAUUCACGCUCCUGGUUGCUCCACCCAAUAUUUCUGAUGGGCAGGACAUCUGGAGAACAGAGGUUCCUGCUCAGGAGGAUUUGGACACCGUGGCUUGAGGAACAGCAGCCCCGACCCCUGGUAGAUGUGGCCGACCUUUCCAGAUCUGAGACGGCACCAUGGCUCCUGUUGUGGAGGUCACAGACACCGGGCACGCGAGCUCCCUCCUGCUCCAGUUAAACGAGCAGCGCCUGCGGGGCCAGUUCUGCGACAUCACGAUCAUCGCGGAAGACACCAAGUUCAAGGCGCACAAGAACGUCCUCGCAGCCUCCAGCUUCUACUUUAAGGAGGUCCUCUCAGAGGAAUCCGUGUGUCGCCAGCCGGGCCAGAUCCUAGAGCUGCCGGACAUCCAGGCAGACAUCUUCUCCGAUAUUCUCAACUUCAUCUACAACUCUCGUCUCUCGGUGUCCAGCCCGGCGGCUGCCAAGGAGAUCGGAGCCCUUGGCCGGCGGCUGGGCAUCACCCGCUUGGAAACGCUGGAUGACCCCGAGGCCAAGAUGGACGACCCUAGCGUUGUCUCCUCUCGUCCCUGCAGCUCGCCCAUUGAUCUCACCUGCCCCUCUCGAUCCGCCGAGCCUUCCAGCCCCGUUUCCUUCCAGGAUCUGGCCAAAGUGUCCAGUCCAGGGCACGACGUCCAUCCGGACACUGAAACCGAAACGGCCAAGAUCUUGUACAACCUCAGCUCAGUGGCCGUCGCCCCGCCUCCCUCGGACAUGGCUUUCAUGCUGAAGGGGAGCGUCGGUUGGGACCGCAGCAGCCCUCCCGGGGAUGAUGCUUCAGCCGCAGCGAAUGCCGAAGGCGCUCAGGAUCCGGCUUCUCCUUGCUCACCCCCGUCAGGAGCUUCCUACCCGGCCAGCAGCACGUUCUGCUGCAGCAGCUGCAACCGUUCCUUCACCACGUCUUCUGCACUCAGCCUCCACGUGAAGCUCCACCGGACACGGCGUUCCUUGUCUUGCCGGCAGUGCGGGAAGACUUUUAUCCACAUCAAACGCCUGCAGACCCACGAGGUCUUGUGCAGGGAAGGGGAGAAGCCCAAAGAAGGUGCACCCUCGGGCGAGACGCCGCCAGACCCUGGGCUGCUUUCCAAGCCGACGGUCGCUCCGUCAUCUUCCAAGAAGGGCCUGAUGUUUCGCCACCGGGGGCCGCCCCGUGGAGACUAUCUCUCCGACCAGGACCACUUCGUCAAAGUGGUGGAUGGCCACAUCAUCUACUUCUGCACGGUCUGCGAGCGGUCCUACAUGACCCUCUCCAGCCUCAAGCGCCAUUCCAACGUCCACUCGUGGCGGCGGAAGUACCCGUGCCGUUACUGCGACAAGGUCUUCGCCCUCGCCGAGUACCGCACCAAACAUGAAGUCUGGCAUACCGGGGAGCGGCGUUACCAGUGCAUCUUCUGCUGGGAGACCUUUGUCACCUACUACAACCUAAAGACCCACCAGAAAGCCUUCCAUGGGAUCAACCCGGGUCUCAUCUCCUCCGAGAAGACCCCCAACGGAGGCUAUAAGCCUAAACUCAACGCUCUGAAGCUCUACCGCCUCUUGCCCAUGCGCUCCCAGAAGAGGCCCUAUAAGACGUACAGCCAAGGGCUGGUUCCAGAUAACCUUUUGCUCCCAGCUCAGCCCCUCCCUGUGACAAUAGGGGACAGUGACUCUUUAGAUGGAAACUUGGUGUCUUCGUUGGGCACCGGGGAUGUUGCGUCUGUCUUCGCCCCCAACGGCAACAACUCCUUAGAGCUUCCGGAGGUGGAUUGCUUUCACGGGCAAGAACCUCCGAGCACUGCGGAGAGAUCCGUGUCUCCUUCUGCUGAGAAGAGGGCGCAGUCGGAGAAGCAGCCAGGAGUGCUGGCCACGGAGCCCCCCACCGUCAUCGCUUACGGCCGGCCGACGUCUUCCGUGAUCGUCCACAGCACCUUGGUGAAGUCCCAGCCCCCCUCGGUGAUAACGUACAACAGCCGGUCUUCGGAGGCUCCAUCAGAAACCGGUCCCCUGCCUGCCCCGGGGUCGUCGCAGCCCCCGCCUUCCACAGUGGUGGCAAAACCCAUCAAGAAGCAGGUGCUGAGAGACUACAUCCAGUCGCAGAAGGCCGAAGAGCAGGCGUUGGAAACUAACGGGAGCGAACACGGGCACCGGGCAAGAGGCCCGCGGGCCGGCCGGACCAUGACCUAUAUGGCCAAGCCGGCGUACGUGGGCGCCGCCUCCGAAAGCCGGACGGCUCCACUCUGCCAGAUCACGGUGCGCAUCGGCGAGGAAGCCAUCGUCAAGCGGCGAAUCUCGGAAACGGACCUCAUGCUGGACAAGGGCAGCGGGCGAGUCGGAGGCAGCCGACGCUUCGAUUUCAGCCGAGGCGAGAAUGUCGAGAAGCUGGACCCACUUCCAGCCACUCCCCACGGCAAACAUGGGGACAGGACGUACGGCAACGAGAGCGGCGAGGAGGAGAGUGACCACGGGGACACUGAAGACCAGCUCUGGCGGCCGUACUACAGUUACAAACCUAAACGGAAGGCGUGUGGUGGCGCCGGCGCGGCGGCACCAAAGACCAAGAAGUCACGGUGGCGGCGCCGGUUGCGCUCGCUGCGCUGGCUGAAACGGACAGAGAAAGCUGAGGAGGAGGAGGAGGAGGCCAGCACCUGUGCCAGUGUGGUGACUAGCGAGCCUGCCUCGGCGGAUGUCUCGGGAGGCCCUGGGGGCGCCUCAGAGAGUGAGGGGGCUAGUCUGCCCCACAGAGCAGGCGGCGGGCGUGGCUCGGAGUGGAAGCAUGUGUGCGGCGUUUGUGGCAAACUCUUCUCGGCCCUCAAGAAGCUGCGGAAACACGAGCGGGUGCAUGGGCGCCUGGAGGACCACUCCCUGGUGGCCUUGUCGGCCGCCCCCCCUCACCGUGUUGGCCGCAAGCCCUUAGUGAAGUUCACUUGCGCCCACUGCGCUAAGGUGUGCAAGACAGCGGCGGCCCUGAGCCGCCACAUGAAGCGGCAUGAAGGCAAACCUGCGGAGGAGGCCCCCGUGCCGGCCCCCACCACGGUGAUCACCUACUCGAAAAAGGCCCCUGAGCCGCCCCUGGCCGCUACCCCGUCACCCACCAUCAAGGAGGAGACCACUCAGGAGAUGCAGGUGUCGUCCUCGAGCGGAGAGCCCCUCCUCUGCCUGCGGGAUGAGGUGCCGGAAGAGGAUCCUGCGCCCAUGGAGUUGGCGGUGUAUGAUGAUGAUAGGACCCUCACUUCCGUGCCGGCAGAGGAAAAUCCGCCGCCUUUGGGAGGGAACCAGUCCCCUUUCCCCGAGGAGCCGCUCCCGCCGGGCCACCCGCCGCCUUUGGAGGCCACCGCCAGUCUGGUGGAGAUGCUGCCGAGUUUGCCCCACUCCCUCCAAGACCCUGUCAUCUCUCACACCGGCCUGCUGCAGAAGCCGGUCCUCACGCCACAGCAGGCGGAAGAGGAGCGGUACCCAGUCCAGGAGUACCCCUUGCCCCUGCUAGUGCCAAGCAGCUGCCGGACCCGGAAGGACCUGGAGGACAAAUCCUCGUUCCUCGCCUAUCCGAGCACCAUCCAGUUUAAUGCCGUCGGCCGAGCAGGCAGCAGCGAGGGGGAUGCCAAGGUGAGCUUCUAUCCGGAUCCGUACCCGUUGAUGUACGGGCACCAGCUCCUGGCUGCCUACCCGUACAACUUCCCUUUGCCCGUGGCUUUGAACAUGGUCGUGCCGGAUGACAAGGGCCAGCCGCUCCCCUUCCUGCCCAGCGUCUUCACCUACGCCAUGAACCCGUGCCGGAGCGAGGCGCACGAAGGGGGCGCCGGAUCCCACGGGGGCUUGGCCGUGGCCGGCAGCGCGGUCCGCGAGAGCCGAGGAGGAGAUCCGGCCGCCGCUGCGGAGAGGCUGAAGAAAGGGGGCCUUUUGUGAGAGGGGGGCAGAGCGCGGGGUCCGCGUGGGGUGGAAAAAAAAGAUGCUGGAACGAUGUGGGCCGAGAGAGAGGAUGGUGUUGGGCAAGCCGAUGGAAAGGCUAGGAUCCCUCCCUCCCUCUUCCCUUCAAGGAGGAGCCAUGCCCAGAGCGCUGAGGAGGCAAGAGCGUGGUGCGCGGAAGAAGGACGUGAAUCCGGGGGGUGGGCACGUGCAUCUGCGCACAGGAUGGGGAGCCCUCUGAGCCGGUAGAGAUCCCUCUCCUGGUUUGUAUCUGUAGCAUUUUGAGUGGGGCACCUCAUAGAUAAGACCCUUUUUUGGGGGGAAAAACUUUUGUCAGAAAUAGGUACAGGGUAAUCCCCCCCCUCUUUCCUCCCUGACUGGGACCUGGACACACACACACCCCAGUUAAAGCCCUUCCCCUCCGGAGGCCAAAGUCCAGAGUGAGUUUGCUGCACAAACGGCCCCCUUCUCUCUGGCACGCCCUUCGCCGCCAGCGAGGUGGCCCUCUUGCACGCCCUCGGCCAGCUGCCCUCCCUGCAUCGGCGUCACUUCUGGUUCCUUUUAACUGCCCCAGGGUGGUGGUGGGGGGUCCUGCACAGGAAGAGGAGGCGCCCGGGUUGCGGGCAGAGUUGGUUCUUAAACAGACACACCCUCCCACCAUUUGGCCAACACAACACCCAUUGAGAUAAUUUUUCCAGUGAAUGGGUUGUUGAUGGUGGUGGGGGGAAGAGAAUGGUCUUUUCCUGCAAAAUUGCACUCCUCUUUAACACAUACACACACGCAGCUGGCUUUUGUUGACCUCUUCCAACUCCUCUCUUCCCAUCCAGAAAUUCAGAUUUUUUUAAUUUGUAUUUUAUUUUUAGUCCAGAGAAUGUUGUCUGAGAAAGACUACCGCAAACAGAAUGCCCAUAGGGCCCCUUUGGGUGUUGGGGGUGGGGGUGGGGAUCCUGGGCCUGGUAGUCUUACGAAGCCGCAUUUCCCAGGCCUCCCGACUUGACUGUCCCCGAUGAGCCGUGGCCGAAAGAGCUCCUCCCUGGGUGUUUUUCUUCCUGCCGCACCUCUCGCCUGCUUGGGAACGAAUCCUGUUUUCAUUUUUUGGCCAGAGGCAGAGGCCGUGGUGCCUGGAAUGCAAGACGAAACAUUUCACUCCAUUAUUGAGGGACAGAGAGAAAAAUAUAUGUAUAUACACCGUA